CCACGAUUUGUCUUGCAUAAAUUAUGUUCAUGACGUAGUGUAAAGGCCAAUUUUAUAUGAAAUUGGACGGACUUUUCCACGGAAACCGGCGUUUUAGUGCAUAGUUCACGGUAUUUAGAGUUCGCCUGAAUAGUGGGUAACUGAAUUGGCGUUAUUAAAUAUUAAGAAGAGUAGGUUUAAAACGCUGCCCUCGUUAUCAAUGCAAAUACCUCUUUUGUGUUUUGUCGUAGCGAGUCCGGACUGCAAGCUGUGAGAUGAAUGUUUAAUUUUUCGUCUCUCCACGAACAUUGACAGAAAAGGGGAAGUAAAACCUAUAAAACUGACAAGUCCUCGUAUGUUGGAGUAGGAUCUGGGUGUUGCCGGUGGCCAUGGACCAAGAGGGGCUCUCGUCCGGUGAUGCUCCCCUCACCGUCAAUGAACAGGAGAUGUUUUUUUCAGCCAUUAGAUUCCUGCCCUUUGAAAUUCCCUACCAGAGAUGAGCAGGUGAUUGUGAUGCCUGGCCAGGAGACAAUCCGUGUGCUGGAGGUGGAGGUGGACGCAUCCCUUCCCGCUUUGGGUUCCAUUGGGAACCCUGAGCCGCAGGGUGAAGACAGCCCCCGAGCAGAGCCUGCUGAAGGGAGCGAUCAGGACACGAACCCAACAAACCCAAGUAGCACCAGGAUUGCAGAAGCGGCUGUGGAGGUGCUGGCCCCAGUGGUGCAGAUGGUGGCCUCUUCAGCCCCAAACAGCAUGGCCCUGUCCCAAUCCCAAUCACCAGUGCCCAUUACAGUGCAGGCCAGCCCACAGAUUCUGACGCCGGAAGCCCUGACGGCGCUGAUUUCGGGGCUGGUGGCCCCGCCCGGGUCCGUGGGACAGCCGCUCCUCAUCCCCCUCAGCGUGGCGGGGUCCGUCGGCGGCCAGGGGGGGCUGGCUGUGUUCACCUUCCCGACGGCCUCCGUCGCCGCCCUCUCGGGCCUCACCGCGGCGACCCCGCCGGGGAGCGUCCUGAAGCUGCCCUUCGGGGGCCUGCAGGCUGCUACUCUGCUGAACACAGUCCAGCCCCAGCUCCACACAGCUGCGCAGACGGUUGUCCAGCCCCAGCUCCACACAGCUGCGCAGACGGUUUUCCAGCCUCAGCUCCACACAGCUGCGCAGACUAUCCUACAGCCGCAGAUGGUGCAGACGGCUGCGCAGACUGUCCUACAGCCGCAGAUGGUGCAGACGGCUGCGCAGACUAUCCUACAGCCGCAGAUGGUGCAGACGGCUGCGCAGACUGUCCUACAGCCACAAGUGGUGCAGACGGCUGCACAGACUGUCCUACAGCCGCAGAUGGUGCAGGCGGCUGUGCAGACUGUCCUACAGCCGCAGAUGGUACAGACGGCUGCGCAGACACCAGCUGCCUCGGCUGCUUCAGCUGUAGACAGGGCCCCGGAACCGAAUUCAUCUGUGGCAACGCUGCAGACAGCAGGGCUGUCCUUCAACCCUGCCAUUUUCAGCGUGGCGCCUCUGGGGGAGCAGCCCCAGUUCAUCAGCUCGCUGACGACCACGCCCAUCUUCACCAGCACCGUCUCCGGGGUGGCGGGGCUGGCCAGCCAGAUCAUCACUAACGCGCAGGGCCAGGUGAUCGGCGCUUUUCCCCUUCUGGUGAACCCCCUCUCCCUGACGGGCGGCCCGGCUGCCGCGCCCACCCCGCCCGCCCAGGGUCUGCAGGUCCAAAAUGUCACCCCCCAGCUGGUCCUGAAUGCCCAGGGUCAGAUAAUCAGCAUCGGUAACGGAGUGGCCACCACGAUGGCCUCUGCCUUCCCCAAGCCCACCGUGCCAGCAGCACCUGCUAAGUCCCACGCUCAGGGUCCGGGGGUGGCGGUGACCCAGUCCGCCGUGGUCAUUGCCCCUCAGCCCUCUGCUGUGAAGACGGUCUCGUGCCUGUCCUCCCCUGUCUCUCUCAACCUGGUGGACUCUCCCACUGUGGGCCAGCUUGUCAGCAAACCCCACCAUGCAGCCACUGAAGAGGAUGGUAUUAACCUAGAGGAAAUACGAGAAUUUGCCAAGGGAUUCAAGAUCCGCAGGCUUUCCCUGGGACUGACACAGACACAAGUAGGCCAGGCGCUCACUGCCACACAGGGUCCCGCUUACAGCCAGUCUGCCAUCUGCAGGUUCGAGAAGCUGGACAUCACGCCCAAGAGCGCGCAGAAGCUGAAGCCGGUCCUGGAGAGGUGGCUGGUGGAGGCGGAGCUGUGGAACCAGAAGGGACAGCAGAACCUGAUGGAGUUCGUGGGCGGGGAGCCGUCCAAAAAGCGCAAGAGGCGCACCAGCUUCACCCCGCAGGCCAUCGAGGCACUCAACGCCUGCUUCGAGAAGAACGCCCUGCCCACGGGUCAGGAGAUCACCGAGAUCGCCAAGGAGCUCAGCUACGACCGCGAGGUGGUCCGCGUCUGGUUCUGCAACCGGCGCCAGACGCUGAAGAACACCAGCAAGCUGAACGUCUUUACGGUGCAGUGAUCGGACCCGGUUCGAGUACUUAUUUUUAAAUACUCUGAGCCUUUUGACACUGUUAAAGUUCUUGCACAUUUCUGCAAAUUUUAAAGGAAACGUCUGUCUUCAGUUAAAAAUAUUCUACUUUCAUAUGAUUGGACAUUUUGUUAAGACACAUGUACCAUUGGAAAUUCUUGGGCAUCUGCAAGUGUUUUGUCACAUUAUAUAGGCAUCUAGUUGAUUUUGUUCAUGAGGCUGGUUAAAUGAAGGAGUUGUGCAGUCAGUCCUCUGUAGUAAAGUAACUGUAAACACCAGGGAGUGGAACUGCUUUAGCCCUUUCUGCUCUAGGUUUGUUUGACAUUUUCAAAUGCUGUUCUGUCUCUAGUAAUUAUCCCUCCCUUAAUGGAUCAUGGGACUGUGAACCUCCAGUAAACACUUCUGAUUCCAGUUGCACAGUGUGUACAUCACAUUGGACAAUCACACGUUAAAGAUGUAUUCGGUGUAAGGUGUGGUCUGCUGCAAGGCCUGGUGUUCCACAGGGAAGUUGUUGAUUAAAUAGCCAUUUUAAUCAUCCAUAUAAAUUAUCCAUGCUGAUCAAGGGUCCAUUAAAUAUUAGCAAAUAAGGCCUGGAGAAGAUGUCAUAAUCUCCAUGCGUUCUACAUCUUCAUGUAGAAAAAUGCUGAAUGUGCUGGCUGACAUGCAUCCUCCAAAGCUGCUCAAAGUAUAGUAUUCUGGGGGAGAAAGAAAAUCUGAGGCAUGGUCCCAUAUAUUUAGCGCCCACUGUCACAGUGACAGAACUGGUUUCUCCUCUUUUGUGGUGGCUUGAGUAGAGUGAAUGAAGCAAUACAGACUGGUUGCCAGUGUACUGUGUAAAUGUCCUACAGAAUCGUGCCAAUGAAGACACGACUUCAAAGGAUUAAGGGGGUGUGACAUUGUAAACAUUGUGUACAAGAUAUACUUGUAGCUUUUCCCUUUAAAUUAAUUGUGUGAAAGGACUUCUUGAAAAAAGCAAUUAUUGAGUUAUUUUCAUUUUUGCAUGCUCGUUUACUAAUUCUGUGUCCUCUAGGUUCUCCUUUGACCCAAAAUAGGUUUUGGCCAUGGGGACACAAGAAUUAGGAAUGGCAAAAAAUAUGUUGUUUAGGUUCAGGAGCAGGUGUAAAAAAGAGGUGUUUAAAUGUCUGCUCACCCGUCUUUCCUCACAUAAGUCAGCUUGCUCAUCACACCCUGGCUCUCACUCAUUGGUUGAAAAGAUUGUUACUGGUGGCUGCGAUAUCAUAAGGAGGUAUCACAAAGUGUUAUUGUUCUCACUUAUGUAUGUCCUGUAAGGGCUUAUGGAUCAAUGUUUUAAUUAGUACUUUGCAGUUUGUUGUGUCGGAAGCGUGUGAAUCAUGGGCGUGUCUUUCCUUUAAGCUGCAUAAUUUCCUGCUGGGUGUUCUGCGUGAAGAAUGGUGGACAUUUAUAUAACGAUAAGUGUUUGAUUUCUGCUUUUGUCAUGCCAGAGUCUGGGCCCACUGUCGCUGUUGCUGGAUUACAGCUUUAGCUCAGAAGCGCUGAUGAUCAAUGGGGAGACAGACCGUGGCAGUAUAGUUAUUAUAUAAUUGAAUAGCAUGCAAGGUUCAGCCUCCCCUGGCCACCUCCUUCAUUACCACCAGGCCCAGACUUUAAUGCCAGACAUCUUCCCACUAAAAUUUAGUGCUGAGAUUAUAUAGAUAGUGAAGAAUUUGGUCCCUGUAUGCAAUUAUAUUUUUAAUGUAUGAAUAUCUCUGAGACAUUUAGAAACUUUGUUAAGCCAGAAAUUAAAAGGGAAGGUUAGAUUAAGUAGCUUUUUAGAUGACCCUACUGAUUUCAUUUAAUGUGUAAAUGUCAUUUUCACUAGCUCUGCACAGUUCCACAUUGCUGGCAUACAUUUCUAUUAUGUAUUUUAAACAGCAAUUAACAGUUGGAUAUAAAACACAUAAUGUUUUUUUUUUUUUCCAAGAAUAUAUGUUGUGUAUUUCACAGCUAAUUCAAUAUUAAAGAUGCAAUGCGUUAAGGAAACGCCCAAACACAUUUUUAUGAAAAUGCAUUCUUUUUUGACAGACGAUUCUAUUGUAAAGAAAAAAAAAUGUUUGCAGUAUGUUAUUAGUUGACAGUGGGGAGGUUUAUGUAUAAAUGCUGUAUUUAUUACAUUGUUUCAUUUUAACUGAGGUUCCAGCGGCUUAUUGUGUCUCAUAAAUGUCAGCUGAUGAAAUGAAUGACAAGCCAAAAUGAGAAGGGAACUGAUUUUCAGUGAGGUAAUAUUUGUUGGAGGCCCAUCUCUGUUAAUAAAACAUCAGAAGUUAAAAUUGA